UUUUUUUUUGCCUUCCAUCUUUUUAAAACAAGAAAAUGGAGCAUCACAUAGGAAAUCUUAAUCCUUGUACUGGGUCCGUGUGUCACAUCUGAAUUGUGUUGUACUAAUUCUCUAAGUACCAACUCAGACCAUCUCCUUGAUGCACACUCACGGCAUCAUGGCCAGUACUCAGGAGCGCCUGAGCUUGUCUUCCUCUCCAAACUCAGUCGGCAAAGCUUUCUGUGAAGACAAAGACUUUAGUAGGUUACAUGAUGAACAUGGACCUACUGGAAACCAGCCAUCCCCUGAGCUCAUAGAGGAUGUGCGUGAGAAGGGCUUGCUGCAGGCAGACCUCAUCGAAAACAUGAGCAGCCCGGUCACUGCAGCAGUGCUGACCAGCAUCAGCGAGGACUCUAGGGACCAAUUUGAGAACAGCGUGCUGCAGCUACGAGAGCAGGAUGAGUCUGAAACAGCCAUUCCUCAGGGCAACAGGAACACUAUGGACGUAGAGAGCAACAGUGGAGCGGAUGAUGUUAAAGUCCAGUUCAAUAGAUCAGGCAGUGGGAGUGGUGGGUUUCUUGAGGGACUUUUUGGUUGUCUGAGGCCUGUGUGGAACAUCAUAGGCAAGGCAUACUCCACAGACUACAAGCUGCAACAGCAAGAUACCUGGGAGGUCCCGUUUGAGGAGAUCUCGGAGCUGCAGUGGCUGGGCAGUGGUGCGCAGGGAGCUGUCUUCCUGGGCAAGUUCCGGGCAGAGGAGGUGGCGAUCAAGAAAGUGAGAGAUCAGAAUGAAACGGAUAUCAAGCACUUGCGGAAACUUAAACAUCCUAACAUCAUUGCAUUCAAGGGAGUGUGCACUCAAGCCCCAUGCUACUGUAUUAUCAUGGAGUACUGUGCACAUGGACAGCUCUACGAAGUCCUGCGAGCAGGGCGGAAAGUCACUCCUCGGUUGCUUGUGGAUUGGUCCACGGGGAUUGCAAGUGGGAUGAAUUAUCUGCACCUUCACAAAAUCAUCCAUCGAGACCUCAAGUCACCAAAUGUUUUAGUUACACACACAGAUGCAGUAAAAAUUUCAGAUUUUGGUACAUCUAAAGAACUCAGUGAUAAAAGUACCAAAAUGUCUUUUGCGGGAACUGUGGCUUGGAUGGCCCCUGAGGUGAUACGCAAUGAGCCCGUCUCUGAAAAGGUGGAUAUCUGGUCAUUUGGGGUAGUUUUGUGGGAGCUGCUUACAGGAGAGAUUCCCUACAAGGAUGUGGAUUCUUCAGCCAUAAUUUGGGGAGUGGGCAGCAACAGCUUGCACCUUCCUGUCCCUUCCACCUGCCCAGAUGGCUUCAAAAUCCUCAUGAAGCAGACCUGGCAGAGCAAGCCCCGGAAUCGUCCGUCCUUCCGGCAGACACUGAUGCACUUGGAUAUUGCAUCUGCUGAUGUGCUGGCUACUCCUCAGGAAACGUAUUUCAAAUCACAGGCUGAAUGGAGAGAAGAAGUGAAGAAACAUUUUGAGAAAAUUAAAAGCGAAGGAACUUGUAUCCACCGGCUAGAUGAAGAAUUGAUUCGUCGUCGAAGAGAAGAGCUGAGACAUGCAUUAGAUAUCCGUGAACACUACGAGAGGAAGCUGGAGCGAGCCAAUAACUUAUACAUGGAGCUCAGCGCUAUUAUGCUGCAACUGGAGGUCCGUGAGAAGGAGCUCAUAAAGAGGGAACAAGCAGUGGAAAAGAAAUACCCUGGGACUUAUAAACGCCACCCAGUCAGACCAAUAAUCCACCCCAAUACAGUGGAGAAGCUGAUGAAGAGGAAGGGAGUCUCUCAUAAACCAGGCAGCCAGACUAAACGGCCAGAUCUACUGAAGUCAGAGGGCAUACCCAGCACAGAAGCAGCAUCCAAUGGCUCACCAGUCUCAGGGAGUCCCAAAAUGUCAACACUGAGUGGCAAAAGCCGCUACCGCAGUAAGCCACGUCACCGCCGAGGGAACAGCAAAGGCAGUUACAAUGAUUUUGCAGGGAUCUUGAAAAACCAGCCAGUGCAAGAUGAUGCACCUCCACCUCAUAAUCAUUCUCAUCACCCCAGCCUACCGCAGCAACCUGGCCAUAGCCAUCCCCAUGGUCAUCACUCACGGCUUCAUGCCCACGGACAAGAUAUUGCCAACUGCGCAAACAACUUAAGGUACUUUGGCCCUGCAGCAGCGCUGCGGAGCCCGCUCAGUAACCACGCGCAAAGGCGGAUGUCUGGUUCCAGCCCUGAUCUCAUCUCUGCUGCCAUGGAAGCAGAUUGCCGAAGGAAUCUGGAGAGCAAAGAAAGCAAAGCUGAUCAUUGGGAGUGUUGCAAAACAGAUCCGUAUAAUUCCUGUCUUCAGUGCAGGGAAGAGGACAGUGGUCAGGUACAGAUGUCAUCUGUUGAAACAGGGAUGAGCCAUUCUCAGUCACCAGCAUCUGUUUCCCUAUAUGAAAAUGCACAGUUCAUUGAGAAGAUGGAGGAAGAGGGCUUCAGCAACUGUAAGUCAGCGUCUGUCCUCGGCACUCCCCAGCACAUGGCUUCCUCAGUGCUACCUUGCAAAGCAAGACUGCUUCAAAAGAGUGGUGAUGACUCUUCAGAAGAGGAAGAGGGCGAAGUAGACAGUGAAGUGGAGUUUCCUCGUAGACAAAGACCUCACCGCUGCAUUAGCAGCUGCCAGUCCUACUCAACCUUCAGCUCAGAGAACUUCUCUGUGUCAGAUGGCGAGGAGGGGAACACAAGCGAUCAUUCGAACAGCCCGGAUGAGCUGGCCGCCAAGCUGGAAGAUGAGCUAGCUGAGAAGUUGGAGGACAUGUUGUCCCAGACUCCAGAGAUCCCCAUUGAAAUAUCCACCCAGUCCGAUGGGCUUUCAGAUAAAGAGUGUGCUGUGCGGAGAGUCAAGACUCAGAUGUCUCUAGGCAAACUUUAUGCUGAUGAACACAGCUGUGAGAACCCAGCACAGUUUGGAGAAUCAGACUGUGACUCUUCUGAAGGGGAGUGUUCUGAUGCCACAGUCAGGACCAAUAAGCCCUGCAGCUCUGCUACUUGGUAAUACAGAUCUCCCCCAAAGCUUCCUGAUACUGGCAUUUUGUUUUCCCUGGGAUUCCACUUCAUUCCCCUUCAUCACACUUUACAGGAAGAGAAGAUGCUUCUCCUUCCCACCCCAGGAGUGAUUUGCAAUAACCUGAAUCUCUGGAAAACGUCCAAAUGAAAUUAAUUCUCUUUGAGCAUUUCAAUCAAGAAUGGCAGGGAUGUAUUUUAUUGAAUAAUCUAGUUACUGUAACAUGGAUAUUUAUUUUUUUGACAUUUUAACACUUUUUACUGUAAAGAGUGGAUUGUAUUUAUAGACACACAGACUUGUUGCAAAAAAAAAA